AUGUCUAACAGCAGCUCCAUCAGGCACUUCCUCCUGCUGGCAUUGGCAGACACGCGGCAGCUGCAGCUCCUGCACUUCUGCCUCUUGCUGGGCAUCUCCCUGGCUGCCCUCCUGGCCAACGGCCUCAUCAUCAGCGCCGUAGCCUGCGGCCACCACCUGCACACGCCCAUGUUCUUCUUCCUGCUCAACCUGGCCCUCAGCGACCUGGGCUCCAUCUGCACCACUGUCCCCAAAGCCAUGCACAAUUCCCUCUGGGACACCAGGGACAUCUCCUAUGAAGGAUGUGCUGCACAGCUCUUUCUGUUUCUCUUCUUCAUUUCAGCAGAGUAUUUUCUCCUGACCAUCAUGUGCUACGACCGCUACGUGUCCAUCUGCAAACCCCUGCACUACGGGACCCUCCUGGGCAGCAGAGCUUGUGCCCACAUGGCAGCAGCUGCCUGGGCCAGUGCCUUUCUCAAUGCUCUGCUGCACACAGCCAACACAUUUUCCCUGCCCCUGUGCCAUGGCAAUGCCCUGGGCCAGUUCUUCUGUGAAAUCCCACAGAUCCUCAAGCUCUCCUGCUCACACUUCUACUUCAGGGAAGUUGGGGUUUCUGUUUUCACUACCUUGUUAGCAUUUGGCUGUUUUGUGUUCAUUGUUUUCUCCUAUGUGCAGAUCUUCAGGGCUGUGCUGAGGAUCCCAUCUGAGCAGGGACAGCACAAAGCCUUUUCCACCUGCAUCCCUCACCUGGCUGUGGUCUCCCUAUUUGUCAGCACCUCAUUUUUUGCCUACAUGAAGCCCCCCUCCAUUUCCUCCCCAUCCCUGGAUUUGACAGUGUCAGUUCUGUACUCGGUGGUGCCUCCAGCUCUGAACCCCCUCAUCUACAGCCUGGGGAACCAGGAGCUAAAGGCUUCAGUGUGGAGACUGAUGACUGGAUGGUUACAGAGACAUUAA